AUGGAUUUCCUAAAUGCUGAUAUUAGAAAUGUUAGCGCAUAUCCGGGUGAAGAAGAAAUAUUAUUUAUGAUUGGUUGCUUAUUUCGUAUUGAUUCUAUUGUAAGGGAUGAAAGUGAAAAACUAUGGAAAGUAAAAUUAACAUUAGCUGAUAAUACAGAUAAUGAUAUAGAACAAUAUUCAAAACAUUUCGAUAAAGAAACCAUUGAUAAAAAU